CUCAGGGUAACUCUCUGCGGGGCGCUUUUUCCCGUGAUUGAUUUCCUCACCAGCAUGUGCCAUUAGCCACACAACCACUGACCUUUUUUUUUUUUCCUUCCCCUUUCUUGGUGGAUGAGGGAAUAGAUCUGGUAAUCAAAUUAUAUAUUAAUUAUGGUACUGCACAUGACAGGGUGAACAUUCAAAUUAAAUAAAACUGGAUGUUACAACCGACGACUCGCUUGAUGCGUAUUCAUAGGUUCAUAAAGGAGGGGGAACUGGCUUUGACUCAUCUAUCUUCACCCUUUAGGUCGCAACCCAGAACAUUCUACCACCUUCACACUCCCCCACUUUCAAAUAUUCUGCCUGCAAAAAUCAUCACAAGAUCAUUCAGUAUGGCUUCAGAUAAUGAUCCUAAGUUGGAAUGGACCUCCAAACGUGUCCGUGAUACGUUCCUUCAAUAUUUCAAAGAAAAUGGCCACACUUUUGUUGCCUCGUCUCCCGUUGUUCCUCAUUCUGAUCCAACCUUGCUAUUCACCAAUGCUGGAAUGAACCAGUUCAAAUCGAUCUUUUUAGGAACGGUGGAUCCUCACUCUGAUUUCGCAAACUUGAAAAGUGCAGUCAACACUCAAAAAUGCAUUCGCGCAGGAGGAAAGCAUAAUGACCUCGACGAUGUGGGCAAGGAUAGUUAUCAUCAUACAUUCUUUGAAAUGCUCGGCAACUGGAGUUUUGGGGACUAUUUCAAAGAGGAAGCGAUUCGCUAUUCUUGGGAAUUGUUAACCAAGAUCUACGGUUUAGAUCCCGGACGUCUCUACGUUACCUAUUUCGAAGGAAAUAAGGAAGGUGGUCUAGAGCCAGAUCUCGAGGCCAAAGAUCUGUGGAAAGCCGUUGGCGUUCCGGAGGAUCAUAUUCUCCCAGGCAACAUGAAGGACAAUUUCUGGGAGAUGGGUGAUCAAGGCCCAUGUGGCCCUUGCAGCGAGAUUCACUAUGACCGAGUCGGUGGACGUAAUGCUGCUCAUCUGGUCAAUCAAGAUGACCCAAAUGUAUUGGAAAUUUGGAACAACGUUUUCAUCCAAUACAAUCGUGAAACAGAUCGAUCCCUGCGGCCGUUGCCCAACAAGCAUGUCGACACCGGAAUGGGGUUUGAGAGAUUGGUGUCUAUCUUGCAAAAUAAGUCGUCAAACUACGAUACAGAUGUGUUCACUCCCAUAUUCCAAACCAUUCGAGACGUUACCGGAGCCAGGGAAUACCGUGGAUCCUUCGGUAGUGAUGAUUCUGAUGGUAUCGAUACUGCCUAUCGUGUCAUAGCGGAUCAUGUUCGGACCUUGAUGUUUGCAAUCUCAGAUGGUGCGGUUCCAAAUAAUGAUGGCCGCGGCUAUGUCAUCCGUCGUGUUCUCCGCCGGGGUGCUCGAUAUGCCAGAAAAUAUUUUGGUGUCGAGAUCGGCAACUUCUUCUCAAAGAUUGUUCCAACAGUCGUUGAUCAACUGGGCGAUAUGUUUCCAGAACUGAGAAGGAAACAACCGGACGUCAUGGAAAUAUUAGACGAAGAAGAGAUGUCAUUUGCUAAGACUCUGGAUCGCGGCGAGCGGCAAUUUGAACAUUAUGCGCAGCAGGCUAAGGCAAAGGGGGCCGACAAAUUGCACGGCGCCGAUGUUUGGAGGCUCUAUGACACGUUCGGAUUCCCGGUCGACCUUACUCGUAUAAUGGCAGAAGAACGGGGUUUGCAGAUCGAUGACCGGGAGUUCGAGGAAGCGCGUUCGCGAGCAAAGGAAGCAAGCAAAGGCCAGAAGAAAACUUCCGCUGAGACGGUCAAGUUGGAUGUUCAUGAUCUGGGCAAGCUCGAAGCCAUGAAUGACGUCCCCAAGACUGAUGACACUGCCAAGUUUGGAAAGGGUAACAUUACCGCCCAAGUGAAGGCCAUAUACCAGGGCAAGAUGUUCCAUUCAUCUACGGACGAGGUGCCCGACGGCGAGCAACUUGGAAUUAUCCUUGACCGAACGAACUUCUACGCUGAACAGGGUGGGCAAGAGAAUGACACGGGUAAAAUUGUCAUCGAUGGACAUUCCGAGCUUGAAGUAGGUGAUGUUCAGCUUUAUGCUGGAUACGUCCUGCACACUGGUUUCAUGAAAUAUGGCUCCAUCUCAGUAGGUGAUACUGUCAUCUGCGAAUAUGAUGAACUGCGCCGUUGGCCGAUCAGGAACAACCACACUGGAACGCAUAUUCUUAACUUUGCGCUCAGAACUGUUUUAGGGGACGGUGUGGAGCAAAAGGGUUCCCUCGUCGCAGCGGAGAAGCUGAGGUUCGACUUCUCUCACAAGUCUGCUAUUUCGGACAAAGAUCUGGCUCGGAUUGAAGAGAUCUCGACUGAGUAUAUUCGACAAAACUGUACUGUCUACUCUCAAGAGCUUCCUCUUGCAACAGCCCGCGAGAUCUCUGGAGUUCGUGCUGUAUUUGGGGAAACCUAUCCCGACCCGGUCCGCGUUGUCUCCGUUGGUGUGGAGCUGGGUGAGAUACUCCAGAAUGUGAAGGAUCCGCGUUGGAAAGAGGUCAGCAUUGAAUUUUGUGGGGGUACCCAUGUGCAGAAGACAGGGGACAUUAAAGAUCUCAUUGUUCUGGAAGAGGGCGGUAUCGCCAAGGGUAUCCGCAGAAUUAUCGCUGUGACCGGAGAAGAUGCGCAUGAAGUGCAGCGUUUGGCAGCGGAGUUCCAAAAAAGGCUUGAUCGUUUAGAAGCAAUGCCCUUAACUCCAGAAAAAGAGAAGGAGGCAAAGCAGAUCCAGGCCGAGCUCAAUCAGCUUUCGAUUUCUGCUGUACAGAAAUCCGCCUUUCGCGAACGUUUCGCACGUAUCAACAAGGAAGUUCUCGAUGGUCAAAAGGCUCUACAAAAACUCGAAUCAAAAGUCGCGCUCGAAACCAUAACUAAUUAUUUCCAAGCCCCGGAAAAUCAAGACAGAAGUUGGCUUGUCGCCAAGCUCCCCAUCUCUGCGAAUUCCAAAGCGAUUAGCGAAUCUCUAAAUUACGUUAAGUCAAAGUUACCCGAGAAGUCGGUAUACGUUUUGGCUGCAAGCACCGAUCAAGGCCGUGUUGCCCAUGGCUGUUACGUGUCGAAGGUAAGUCGUUAUCGUUAUAACUCCGGCCCUAUGUCAUUGUAACUAAUACAAUCAAUGAUUGUAUAGUCAUCAAGCGAGGCCGGUGCGUCCGCUAGUGAGUGGGCAGCUAUCGUUUCUGGUGCAGUCGGGGGAAAGGCGGGAGGCAAAGGAGCUACUUCAGUCGGCAAUGGAGUCAAUCCCGACAGAGUCGA